AAAAUCUCAUUCCUUUAAGUCAGUUUAGUGUUUUCAAAUAUGUUUAAAGAACUAAUUUUUGUAUUUCUGGUGCUAUACGUGACGGUUAUCCGCGAUGUGAACGGUCAAAAUCCCUCCAAGUGCCUAUUUCAGAAAACGUGCAUCGAGUGUUUGGAUGCUGACCGCUCCUGUGCUUGGUGCACGGAUGAGAAUUACGGCAUGUACAAGUACCGCUGCAUGACAUUCGAUGAACUGAAAACGUCCAAUUGCAGUGAGAGCAAAAUCGAAACAAACACCAACUUCAACCGGCUGUUGGUUGUCCAAAAUCGACCCCUCCGGGACUAUGAUCGAGAAAAGCUCGAGGUGACCCAAAUCAGUCCACAGCGCAUCAGGAUUGAACUCGAAAAGCUGGAACCUCAAACGUUCAAGUUCACCUACAAACCGGCCAAGAACUAUCCCCUGGAUCUGUACUACCUGAUGGACCUGACCUGGUCCAUGAAGGACGAUCGUGACACCUUGAUCAACAUGGGUGAUCAGCUGGCGAAAGCCUUGGCUAACUUGACGGAAAAUUAUCGCUUGGGAUUUGGAAGUUUCAUCGACAAACCCAUCAUGCCGUUCAUCCAGACCGAAGAGGAUCGAGUGCAGAACCCCUGCAGUACGGAGCGAGAGGUUUGUGAACCAACGUACGGUUUUCGGCAUCGUCUUGAGAUCACGCAGAACAUCGAUGGGUUCAUUGAAAAGUUGAAAACCAGCAGCGUUUCGGCAAAUUUGGACAAUCUGGAGGGAGGUUUGGAUGCCCUGAUGCAGGUGCUGGUUUGUGACGAUCGAAUCGGAUGGGGAGUGAACACCAGGAAGAUUGUCGUUUUGGCUACGAAUGGGUUUAUGCACAUGGCUGGGGAUGGACUGUUAGCUGGGAUAACAGAGAGAAACGAUAAGCAGUGUCAUCUGUCCGAGGAUGGGGAGUACACGGGGUCGUUGGAGUAUGAUUAUCCUUCACUGGAGGAAAUAUACAGAGUACUGGGGAAAUCGAAAACGGCGGUGAUCUUUGCUGUGACCGAUGAACUGACCGACUACUAUAGGUCGAUGAGGGAACUGAUGUCGGAGUUCACCAGCGUUGGGCUGUUGCAGGAUGAUUCGUCGAAUAUCUUGCAGCUGGUCAAUACGGGUUACAGGGACUUUGUGAGGAGGGUUGAAUUCACGGAUAAUGCUCCUAGCUAUAUUCAGAUUUCCUAUACAACCGAUUGCGGUGGGAUCUACAAGACACCGCAGCCGACGAGCAAGUGCGACAAUAUUGAAAUAGGGAAGAAGUACGACUUCUUCGUGGAGGUGCGGCUAUUGAACUAUCCGGUUGGGUUGGUGUCGAAUCUGACGGUUAAGAUUGAGGAAACGUUGAUCAGCAAUGAGGGCGUUGAAUUGGAGAUCAACAUAAGGCAGGCUUGCCAGUGCGAGCUGGAGAACACACCGAUUCCGAAUAGUGAAGUUUGCUUCGGAAAUGGAGAAUACUCGUGUGGCACGUGCCAGUGUCGGCCGGGAUGGAUUGGUAAAGCAUGCGAGUGUAACCUUCAGAAUUUCGAGAGCAGCACCGAUCUGUUGAAUCAAUGUCGAGCGGAAAAUGAACUCGAUGAAGUGGGAGCCAUAUGCUCUGACAGAGGAGAAUGCAUGUGUGGACAGUGUCUUUGCAAUCCUGGAUACGAUGGGCCGCACUGCGAGUGCACGGAAUGUAUUCCAUUGUUUGGCAUGCUCUGCACCAAUCACGGAGAAUGCGACUGCGGUGCCUGCAAAUGUCACCCGGGAUGGUCCGGGGACGAUUGUGACUGUUCGACGGAUCAAACCACUUGCCAAGCUCCGCUCAACAAUGAACUCUGCUCGGGCCGAGGUGAAUGCACUUGUGGAAAAUGCAGCUGCAGCGAGUCGUACUUUGGCCCCUACUGUGAAGUAACGGCCGGAUCCGAGUCGGAACUUUGCUCGUUCUACGAAGAGUGCGCCCGCUGUGCCAUUCACAAAAAGCUAGGCAAAGAAUGCGAUUCCAUCGAGGAUCAAUGCAAAUCAAAGCUGGGACUCUACACAGUAAAAUUUUAUGAAACAUUGGAUGAUUCCCUCAACUGUACGACCCGUAUAACGAACGACGGUAUGACCUGCGAUUUCAAGUACACCUACGAGCUGGAAGAUCGCCAAACCUUGCUGAAAAUCAUAACUCAGGACUGUACUCGGGUCAACAUGACGGCUGCAUUUAUGUACAUAGCAGGACUGACCCUGUUGCUGGGACUGGUGAUUUUGGCCGUUUUCAAAGUGAAAAUCUUUCUCGAAGAUCAACGGAUGUACCAGCAGUUUGAAAAGGAGCAACAGAACGAAACCGCCUACGAAAUGACGAGUCCCCUGUACAAGUCGCCCAUAACCAAGUUUGAAGUUCCUGAAGAGAUGGCCGACUGUGAGUUGAAGUGAAUAAACAUCGGGAUGCGCCUUUCGGUAGGCCACCAGAAGCCAAGUUGAUGGUUGUUUACAGUGAGA